GAGGAAAUAUACUUUAAAAUGACGGCUAAUGUUAAGGAAAGUUAUUCACACAUCAUAGUUAGAGGCAAUCCGUUUACGAGAGGCAGAAGUUAUGGACAGCAAACCAAAGAGAAAAUUAUCUCAAAUAUUAAUUUCUACAAGAAUUCUGGUGUUUUGCCCGAUUGGGACAAAGUGUGCAAAUAUAUCAACAGUCACUACAUGAAUGCAUUGGAGAAGUAUUACCCGUCCGGUCUCAAUGAAAUGAAAGGCAUUGCAAUGGGAAGCGGCGUUGACAUCGAGGACAUUGUUUUGUUGAACUCAAGAUACGAGAUGUUAAGAUGGAGUCGACACUUGCAUAUAAAGAGUAAAGUAACGGAUCAAUUGCAAGAGUGUACGGGAGCUGUCUGUCUGUCAAAAGCUACCAAAUCAGGUGAAGUACUGAUCGGACAGAAUUGGGACAUAAAUGAGAGGAUACUAAACGAUGAAAUCGGAGUCUUAUUGGAAGUACAUCCGGACGCCACGGAAAAUAUCGCCCCAUUCUUCAUGCUUACUGAAGCCGGACAGUUGGGAAGGAGUGGUAUGAAUGCCAAUGGGUUAGGCAUUAUAGCAAUGGGUUUGUUAUCAAGUGAAGAUCAUUUCUCAGCCACGACAACAACCGGAUUCUUACCCAUCACUCUAUUGAGACGAAUGUUCAUAGAAUCGCCUACUUUUGCGGUGGGCCUCAAACGUAUGACAUCUGUGCCCAGACAUGUGUCCGUCAAUAUGAUUGUAGCGACGGCUGAGGGCGAGGCUAUUAAUCUAGAGAUGACACCAAAUCACUGUUUUAUGGCUUAUCCGAGCAUUAAGUCAGAGGUCUAUACCCACAGCAAUCACUUUAAAUCAGAUGAAUUUAUAGCUAAUAAUAGUGUGAAGGGCGCCAACAAGAGCGGGUCCACACUAUUUAGGGACAGACAACUGGAAAGGGGUCUUAUGAACGAGUGGCCAAAUAUUGACGAAAAUAGUUUCGUCGAUGCCUUCAAAAACCAUUUGGGAUUUCCUGACGCUUUGUGUCUUCAUAUUCCAGAUGAAGGCAAAGAGCAUACGUCGACGUCACCCAAAGAGUGUACGGUCGCCAACAUUGUCUUCAAUUUGUCUAAAAGGACAGUUAGACUUUGUAAGGGACAGCCCUGUAAUGGGGUUUAUAAAGAAUAUGGUUUUAAUAAUAACACUAAUAACAUGAAUUAA